AUGCGUGCCUUCGUUGUCUCCGAGCUCAAGCACCAUUCCGAGAUUCCUGUCGUCUCUGACGCGCCCGCGCCGGUCGUGGGCGAGGGUCAGGUGCUAGUCGAUGUCUACAGCGCAGGCUUGAACUUCUUCGACAUUCUGCAAGCGCAAGGAAAAUACCAGCACAAGCCGCCACUACCGUUCGUCGGAGGUGCCGAAUUCGCAGGCCGCAUAGCCGCUGACUCUCCCAUCCCUGACGGCUGCCCCUUCAAGCCCGGCGACCGCGUCUUCGGUGCAGGACAAGGCACCUUCGGCGACCAAGCGGCUAUCAGCGUCUCCCAGCUACUUCCCCUUCCCGACAGCCUAACCUACGAUCAAGGCGCGGGUCUCUUUGUGACCUGGCCUACUGCGUACGAGGCCCUCGUCGGCCGCGGGGAGCUCAAGGCGGGCGACUGGGUCCUCGUCAUGGCUGCUGCGGGCGGGGUGGCGCUGGGUGCCCGUGUCAUCGCCGCCGCUGGGUCGGCUGCCAAACUCGAGAUCGCAAAGACCGAGGGCGGCGCGGACUACGCUGUCGACUACACCCAGCCUGGCUGGCAGAAAGAGGUCAUCAACAUCACUGAGAAUCAUGGAGCGGACAUCAUCUACGACCCCGUCGGACUGAUCACUGAUUCACUCAAGUGUAUCGCCUGGAAGGGUCGCGCGCUCGUCAUCGGCUUCGCUGCAGGCAAGAUCGAGAAGGUGCCCAUGAACCUGGUUCUGCUGAAGAACGUCUCUGUCGUCGGACUGCAUUGGGGGGCUUACAAUAUCCACGAACCUGCGCGCGUACCGGAGGUGUGGAAGACGUUGCUUAGCAUGCUCUCCAGCGGGAAAGUCAAGCCCGUGAUCUUCUCGACCGUCUAUCCUCUUGAGCGCAUCGCCGACGGCAUGACCGCGCUCGAGCGUCGCGAGACGUGGGGCAAGGCGAUCGUGCGCGUCCGCGAGGAGAGUGGCGCGGCGACGAAUGCGCAGGCGGCGAAGCUGUGA